AUGUCGUUCGGAGGUGGAAGUCCAGGAGGAAGCGGAGGUUUUGGAAUGGGAAGUCCAGGAGAAAACGGUGGAUUCGGAAUGGGAAGUCCAGGAGGGGGUGGAGGUUUCGGAAAUGGAGGAUUCGGUAGGGGAGGCCAAGGCGGUGGAGGCGGAAGUCCAUUUCAUGUUGGUGGAGGUAUGGGUGGUAUGCCAUCCAAAGGGGGCCCAAUGAAUGGCGGAGCUUUCGGGGGAGGUCCUACGGGCAUGGGUUCAGCUCACGGAGGACCGUCAUUAGGACCUAUGCAGGGACCAAAUGCCCCGGGGAACCCGGCAAUUGGAGGACUCGCGUCUCCAGGACAUGGGAUGUUCAAUCCCAUGGGGUUGCAGUGUAUACGUCAUCGAAUGAUGUGUCCCUCUUGGUGCCGAGUUGUGGAUGGUGGCGGUAUGAUAGCUGGUGGGGACAUGUCCGGGAUGAUGUCGGCUUUAAGUUUAGCUUCCUCUUCCCAAAGUUCUUUCACUUCCGGUCAAACGCACAAAGAGUGUGCAGCCACAACGUUGUGUAUAUCCAUGUGCUCUGGAUCAUACAAUCUGGGACCGAAAGGUUCAGAUGGGUGUCAGCCCUGUACGUGUCAUACCGGUGGUCUAUCUUCGUCAUUGUCGUCGUCGUCAUCCUUCUCUUCCUCGUCUUCUGGAGGUUAUUAUGGAAGCGGAAGUGGUGGAGGCGGCGGAAGUGGAAGUAUCUCAGGAGGUACUUCCGGUACCGGAACGUUCACCCCUGUUUCAGGAGGGUCAAAUUUUGUUUAUCAACCGGUCACAUCAACAGCUAUUCAAGUCGAGCCAGUACCGGAAGUGCCUCACCAGGAGACGAUCUUCAUCACCGGAAACACGGGAACGGAAUGUCACGAAUGUGUACAACAGCCCGCGCCGGUAUAUAUAACGGAGCCUGCCACGGAGUGUCAAUACAACUGUGGAGAAUUACCCCAAUACGUCAUAGAGAGACCGAAACCGCAGCCACACUAUCAGACCGUAGUAGUACAACAACCGGAAGUAUGUCACAAUUGCGAAACUGCACAGUCCGUUUCUUUACCACAAUAUGUUUACCUUAGACCAGAAACACAACAUGUAAUUACCAAACCGCAGGAAGUGUGUCACGAAUGCGAAACUAACAACUAUCAACCGGUCUAUGUUGGCAAGCCUCAACAUCAGACAGUUGUUGUACAUCAACCGGAAGUAUGUCACGAAUGCGAAACUAACAACUAUCAACCGGUCUAUGUUGCCAAGCCUCAACCUCAGACAGUUGUUGUACAUCAACCAGAAGUAUGUCACGAAUGCGAAACUAACAAUUAUAAGCCAGUGUAUAUUGCAAAACCACAACCACAGACUAAACCAAUAUAUGUACAAAGACCGAUCUAUACACAGACAGUGGCAGCCAAGCCUAAACCAGUGUACGUUACCCAAGGGCGUCCACAGAUAGUCACAAACACAGGCCAUUCAAGCGGAGGCAUUAUGUUGGGAGUUUUAACAAGCGGUAGUUCUUCCGGCGGAGGUGGCGGAGGGAGUUACAGUGGCGGAAAUGGAGGCGGAGGGAUACACACGGGUAUCGCCAGUAAUGGUGUAGGGGGCGGGGCUGGUGGAGGAGGCUAUUCCUCCAGCGGCAGCAGUGGAGGGAUGGCGGAAGGUUCGUGCCCGCCGAUACCUCAUGAUUGUGAUCCCUCCUGUAUUAAAUAUGACGUACCCCACUGUCGUCGCUGUCUAUGUGAGAACUGUACGUAUCAACAGUGAAACAUACAAACGUGUUAUUUAGUAUGUAUUUAUAUCAUGUUUCCCGCUGUCGUUGCUGUCUUUGUGAGCGCUGUAAGAAUC